CCCUCCAAGCCGCCAUAGCGCUCAAUGGAGUCACGCCUUAACUCGGAGGAAACUGUUUAUACAUACAUCUCAAAUUCUGUUUGCUAAAUACUUCUUUAAUGAUGGACGUGCGGGGGAUUAACCCGCGAGAAUGGCGCACAACAAUUAGUGGCGGGGUCUCCUGUGAUUCGCUCGCGUGAUUGCUGGCUUCCGUAACGCGUACAUCUCAAACUUGAUGUCAACGAUAACUCGAAGAUCAUUACAUGUGCUUUAUUUCUCCGGGAAGAAAAUGGGGUCUUGAAAAAAACCUGUUGGCGGUUUUUCGUUUUUAUUCCUGGAUUAUUGGGACUAUGGAUCCAGGGUGGGGUAGAAUGGCUGUUUUACUUUGCCUGGUGAUGACCGCAAGUCUUAUUUCGGCAGUGGACGUUAGCAAGGAAGGGGCGCUAAUAAAAGCCCUCACGACAGGGUAUAAUCCUAUGAUCCGCCCAUCAAACGCCUCCAACCCGGCAGUGGUCGUUGCUCUAGGGCUGGCGAUGACGGAAAUAGCAGAACUGCACGAAAAAACGGAAAUUUUUGAGUCCGGUGCAUUUCUUCGUCAUCUCUGGGCGGACUAUCGGUUGUCAUGGGAACCUUCCAAAUACGGUGGAAUCAUAACGGUGCACAUCCCGGCAGCCUCGGUGUGGAAACCUGACAUAGUCCUCAUCAACAGUGCAGAUACUGUGACAGAGAAGCAGGACCCCCUGGUGAUUGUGUUCCACACAGGCACUGUGUUCUACAGUCCCAAGAUGAGGCUCCGCGCACCUUGCUCCCUCGAUCUGACCAAGUUUCCUUUCGAUGAACAGAUCUGUAAAUUAACAUUCGGGUCAUGGACUUAUGACAACUCCAACAUCAACUUGACGCACUUCGCAUUCGGAGAGAACGGCCUGGAUAUUGCGGACCUGAGAGUAAACAGGGAGUGGAGUGUGACAGAGAGCCUGGCCACGAGGUCGGACAAAGAGUUCCAGUACGCCACUAACAAGUACCCGCUGAUUGAGUUCUCCUUCCGGUUACAGAGGAAUCCUACGUAUUACCGUCACGUGUUCAUCCUGCCGGCAGUCCUACUGGCGAUCCUAGUCCCGUUCCAGUUCAUUCUGCCCCCUGACUCCAAGGAGCGAAUGAUACUCGGAGGAGUGCUGAUGCUGGGCAUUAUCCUUCUGUUAAUAAUGCUGCAGGAUUUCCUACCCGAGGCCCACCCUACGAUCCCGACCCUAGCGAGUUAUUACAGUGUGACCUUAAUAUGGAUAGCCUUGUCGAUGAUAGCCUCGAUUUGGGUCAUUAACACACAGUCACGUGGUCCAAGAGGUAGAAGGGUGCCCGAACUGAUGCGUCAGUGCAUUUUGCGGGGACUUCGUCGACUCGUGUGUCUCGGUGAUGACGCGUACUUCCCCCUCAAUGAAAUAGACACUCUUUCCAUGAAAUCUCUGGACAUUCCCGCUGUGGAACCAAUCGUCAAAUCGGACAUUUCCGGCAACCAAAGUAAACUAGAGAAGGACGUGGAAGAAAUAUUACGUCAUGUGCAGACGAUGAUCAUUUGUACAAAAACUGCGCAGGCGCGAAAGGAAGUGCAAAACGAGUGGAAAGAGGUGGCAGUUGUCCUUGACAGGGUGUUGUGUUUUCUUUUUGGGGCCACAUUCCUUUUAUACACGUUUGUUUUACUUGUUUGACUGUUCAAACGGAGAUGUUAAAAUACUGAACAGUUCAAUGCUCCAUAUUCUUAUACACCAUGUGAUUUACUCGGUGGGUACUGAAGAUUAUUUAUUAAAGACAAUCAAGACUGCCAAAUAAAGAAAAACAAGAAUGAU